AUGGAAGAGGCUGCUUGUGAAACACCUAGCAUAUAUUCUAAUGUUGUCAAGAACAAGAUUAUGGUGUACAAAAGAAUGACCGUUGCGCAAUGGAAAGAAGAGAGAGCUAGGGAGGUCGCUAAGGAGAAAGCUUCAAGGAUACCUGUGUCAGACACACCAGUCACGAAACCUGACGAACCACCAAAGCCUAUCGAGACAGGUCUUAGCUCAGAAGAAGAAUUGGCCCUACUCCCAAGAUUGUAUACUCCCGUACACGGAUUAUCACAACACGGAUAUGUCACGAAUAUUCCCACCGAUGCAGAAAUUGAAAAGGCAAAGAUCGGUAUAGAGGCAUCCAAAGGUUGGGAAGUUUGCGAUCGUUGUAAAACCCGUUUCCAGAUCGUUCUUCCCUUGAUCCCAAAGCCAAACGGGAAAAGAAAUGGCGUUGCUGUGAUCAAAAUAUUGGAGACACUUCCCGGAUGUACCACAGCUGAACAUCACGUUUUCAAAGUGAGCGAAGCGAAACGUUUAGCCACGGUCUUAAAUUUCGAAAAAACUCCUGAAAAUGAAGCAAACUCUUCUAUUCCUACCCAACCCAUCUGUAUCGAUUGCGAGAUGGGUUACACAGUCCACGGCCUCGAACUCAUCCGCUUAACAGCCACCUCCUGGCCCUCGGGCUCAUCUCUCCUCGAUAUCCUCGUCCGUCCUUAUGGCGAAAUCCUCGAUCUCAAUUCACGCUAUUCAGGCAUCUACCCCCAAGACAUCACCUCCGCAGUUCCCUACUCAUUCCCAGGCUCCCAACUCCUCGCCGAAAGCAAAGGCAAACUCCGAAUCGUCGAUUCCCCCGCCAUAGCGCGAAGCCUCCUCUUUUCCUUCCUCACCCCCUCCACCCCCAUCAUCGGUCACGGUCUCGAAAACGAUCUCAACGCUACCCGAUUCAUCCAUCCCACAAUCAUAGACACGGCUUUACUCUUCCCUCAUAAAGCAGGUUUACCCUUUCGCAAUGGUCUGAAAAUGCUCAUGCAGUCUUUGCUAAAUCGAAAUAUUCAAAUGGUUACCUAUACCGAGGGAAAGGUCGAUGGUCAUGAUAGUGAAGAAGAUGCGAAUGCGGCGGGUGAUUUGGUUAGAUUUCGUAUUGGGAAGGAGUGGGAGAGGAUGCAGAGAGCGGGGUGGAAAUUAAAAAAUGGCGUUUUUGAACCCCCUGAAAUUGUAAGUGCGCUUGGGAAAGGAGGAAAGUGGAUAAAGGAGGGAGGUCAUGAUGGGAGGAAUGGGAAUGAUGGAAAUGAUGGGGAAGAAGAAGAAAAUGAACAGGAGAUUAAAGAUGAGAGGAUCUUCGUAUCUGUAUCUGCAUCUGCGGGUUCAAAGAGAAGUAGAGAGGAUAUGGAAGGGUGA